GGGGGGGGUGAGGGGCGUGAGCGGCGGCGGCGCGGACGGCGACGAGGAGCAGCACGGCGGCGGCGGCGGCAAGUUCAGCGUCGCCAGCUUCCUCUGGCACGGCGGCUCCGUGUGGGACGCCUGGUUCAGCUGCGCCUCCAACCAGGUGGCGCAGGUGCUGCUGACGCUGCCCUACUCCUUCUCGCAGCUGGGGAUGCUCUCGGGCAUCCUGCUGCAGCUCUUCUACGGCUUCCUCGGCAGCUGGACCGCCUACCUCAUCAGCGUCCUCUACGUCGAGUACCGCUCCCGCAAGGAGAAGGAGGGCGUCAGCUUCAAGAACCACGUCAUCCAGUGGUUCGAGGUGCUGGACGGGCUGCUGGGCCCGUACUGGAAGGCGGCCGGGCUGGCCUUCAACUGCACCUUCCUCCUCUUCGGCACCGUCAUCCAGCUCAUCGCCUGCGCCAGUAACAUCUACUACAUCAACGACCGGCUGGACAAGCGGACGUGGACGUACAUCUUCGGCGCCUGCUGCGCCACCACCGUCUUCAUCCCGUCCUUCCACAACUACCGGAUCUGGUCCUUCCUGGGCCUGGGCAUGACCACCUACACGGCCUGGUACCUGGCCAUCGCCGCGCUCAUCAACGGCCAGGUGGAGGGCGUCACCCACACCGGCCCCAACAAGCUCGUCCUCUACUUCACCGGCGCCACCAACAUCCUCUACACCUUCGGCGGCCACGCCGUCACCGUGGAGAUCAUGCACGCGAUGUGGAAGCCGGCCAAGUUCAAGUACAUCUACCUGCUGGCGACGCUGUACGUGUUCACGCUGCCGCUGCCGUCGGCGUCGGCCAUGUACUGGGCGUACGGGGACGAGCUGCUGGCGCACGCCAACGCCUUCUCGCUGCUGCCCAAGACGGCGUGGCGGGACGCGGCGGUGAUCCUCAUGCUCAUCCACCAGUUCAUCACCUUCGGCUUCGCCUGCACGCCGCUCUACUUCGUGUGGGAGAAGGUGAUCGGCAUGCACGACACCAAGAGCGUCUGCCUCCGCGCCCUCGCCAGGCUCCCCAUCGUCGUCCCCAUCUGGUUCCUCGCCAUCAUCUUCCCCUUCUUCGGCCCCAUCAACUCCGCCGUCGGCGCCCUCCUCGUCAGCUUCACCGUCUACAUCAUCCCCGCCCUCGCCCACAUGCUCACCUACCGAUCCGCAUCCGCCCGCGCCAACGCGGCGGAGAAGCCGCCCUUCUUCCUGCCGAGCUGGACGGGGAUGUUCGUGCUCAACGCCUUCAUCGUGGUGUGGGUGUUCGUGGUCGGCUUCGGGCUGGGAGGCUGGGCCAGCAUGGUCAACUUCAUCCGCCAGAUCAACACCUUCGGCCUCUUCGCCAAGUGCUACCAGUGCCCCAAGCCCGGCGGCGCCGCCGUCGCCCCGGGCCCCUCGGCGUUGCACCACUAGCCCCCUCGCCGUCGCCCGGGAGCGUGACGCCGCCAUGCCACCGGCCGGCGGGAAGCCCGCAAGGAGAAGCCCGAGAAGCUUCCCUCUCCCGGCACGGCGGAUCCUCCAGUACUGUUGCUUGCUAGGUUUUGGUCGCCUUGUAACAUACAAGCCUCGCCUCUCCUCUCCUAGGGUGUCCGUCAGUGUCACACCGCACCGUAGUAGAACAUGAGGGUGGCCGGGUCCCUAAGACCCGUUGGGAGUACGUACGUACGUGUCCGUGUGUUUGUGUUUGGCUUGGCUUGCCCCGCCCAAUAUAUAUGUGAUGGUCGUCAUGGCUUAUAAGAUUUGCAUGCA